AUGGACCUUUUCGAGUCGAUCUCCCAGUGCUCGGAGAGCAUUUUCGCUGUAGUGUUGGCAUUGAUAGUCUUGUUUUCUAUCCCUCAUGUGCGCCAACCCAUUGUGGCUCAACCCGGGAAAGGAUACCAAGAUUUAGUGGAUACCAGCACCGACUCUUCCGAUGAAUAUGUGCUGACCUAUUCAUCGAAAGCUGUGUAUCAAAGGAUUGUUCUUGCAGUUGUUGCCGCCAUUAUCACUCUCUCAGUACUGACUUCCACGUGGUUGGCAAUGGUUGAACCGGUACACCAUGGACGUCCCAAAUUUUACAACUGGCUACUUGGAUCGUUAUUUUAUUUUAAGAAUGCGUUCUUGUCACCUGCAGCAGAUGUCAAGACAGAUACAUUCUGA